AUGGUUGACAACGGAAUCAAACUUUCCUCCUUGAUGUCCAUUCCCGACGUCAGCGAUGUCUGCACAAUGAACAAAAUCACAUCUGAUGAACUCAAUUGUUUGGUCACACACAAGGGCACACCAAAGGCAUCGCAACCGCUAGGACACUUGCUGUCUCACAUUUUCAAGCCUUUCAAAAUCCCCCUCCCCCAAGUAUCUGCACUUCAAAUUCCUCUCAAAAAAAUCCUCCAUCCCAACCAACACAUUAGAUCGCAAUACCAUGGCUUAUCGCCAGAUACUCUGGUGCCACUGUACAAUACUGAAACGAGUACUUGGAACUGGGAUCUUCCAGUUGACCCCCCUGGAAACGACUCAGACUCAGACCCUAGUGGUACUAGUAGCCAUGGUAGUCCUUCCGCAACUCAGGACCCAGAGGCUGCAGAGGCUGUGACUUAUGAAGAAAUUGUCGCAUCCUUUAUCAAUGCUCUUGCUGCCAAUGCUCACAAGGCAUUGCCCGGCAGCAAGAUACAGCACAAACCUGACCUUGUUCUAUCUGACGAUGUCACCACAAAAUGGGGAAAUAUCAGGGUAUCUGGUGAGCUGACACACAGUUCUUACAAGCCUGCAAUGCAGCUUGGGAAGGCUGCAGACACCCAUGCUUACCUCAUGAUGAGCAAACAGCCCUGGAGGUGCUUCGCGCUCAUACUAUCAUUUACAAAUCAAUAUCAUCAUCUCAGAGUCCUCAUGUAUGAUCACUCUGGUGGCGCUGUUUCUACCCACUUUGAUAUAUAUGACCAACCAGACUUAUUUUCUCAUAUUAUCGCCGUUCUCAAUUUUGGCAAUCUAGAAUGUGUUGGGUACGAUUCAACAGUCUCAUUCACGAAACAUGUUUCACCGCCCCUUUCCAAACCUAUUUGUGACUAUCGCCCAAUCAAGAACAUGCCCGCGCAAUGUAGCAGCCCAGCAGACCUUCCUGCAUCCACCUCCGAAUCCCUCGUUGAACUGCUGUCGGAUUCCAAGAGCCUGUCAUCUGACGAGGAUCUCGAGUCUGUAGUCUCUGAUGGCUCAGACUAUGAGGAACGGUUAACUGAGGACUCACUCGAAGAGAACUCAGAUGAAUCUACUCAGGCGUUUACACCAGAAGAAGAAUUCCCCCUCCCCUCCUCUCCAGUGCAACCCACUAUGAUGUCCAGUGCCCCCCUUCUCAGCCUCGCAUCCCAAAUUCCCCAGGACUUGAUGGAGAGCAUAUGUUCCAUCACGCCUCAUCCAUCCCAAUUUCCCCACUCUGAGCACUCACCUGAACCUUGCGGCAAGAUCCGCGUAGGGGACAUGAUGUACAUUAUCAAGAGAAUUCAUUUCGUGAGCCGGGGCCUCGUUGGUCGUGGAACGAUCUGCUAUCUGGCCAGCCUGGAUGGGGAAGACUAUAUUUUCAAGGACCAUUGGGUCCUCGGCAAGCAGGAUGAUAUCAUCUUGAACGAGAUAAAGAUGUUAAAACUAAUGCAAGGAGUCCCUGGCAUUCCUGAGCUAGUAGAUCAUUGGCUCGUCAUGACAUCAGAAGGCAAGGUCGACAAUACUUGA